AUGACUAGUUACAUUUGUAAAAAUCAAUUUCGAAUCUCAAAUUCUUCAACUUCUUCUUUAUUCUCCGCUGCUACCUCACCUAGUAUUUACGGUAGCGAUUUUUCACCAAACAUGGAACAACAACAACAACAAAGAAAUAGAGAUUAUCUUUCUACACCGGAUAGUGCCAUAUCAUUAAAUGAUAAUUUAUCUAUUUCACCUAAAGUUGAAUAUGAUAUGUUUUCUCAAAGUAAUGAAGCACUACCAUCUAAUAAUAGUUCCAGUAAUAAUUUCUAUCAUCAACAACAAUCACCUUAUGACUAUCCAGAUUACCAUUCAAGUGGUAGUGUUACAAGUCAUAUGAACAUCUCUGCAACAAAGGAAUAUCUUAAUAAUGUAAUUGGUUCCAAUCUUCAUGAUCCAUAUUGUCUUCCACAUCCACCACAAUCGUCCAAUCCAUUGGUUCAAUUGGAAUCAUUUACAAAAGAGGCUUUGUCAAAUGUAAUACCUUUUCCAAAAACAAAUAUUUCUUUACAAAAUGAUUAUUCUACUACUGGUAAAUCAGCAUCAGGAUUCAUUAAACCACCAUGUUCCUAUCCAUGUUUAAUAGCUAUAGCACUCAAUAAUGCUGUAACAAAUAGAUUAAAUGUUUCGGAAUUGUAUGAAUUUAUCCAGUAUUACUUUCCUUUCUUUCAAAGAGCUCCAGAAGGAUGGAAAAAUUCUGUUCGUCACAACUUAUCAACAAAUGGAUGGUUCAAUAAAGUCGAUGAAGGUAGAUCAGGAUAUGCUGGCAGAAGAUCUUUUUUAUGGGGUUUUACUAAUCCAGGAGUCAAAGACAAAGCUAUGAGUGAUGUUAAGAAACAAGUUGUUAAAAAGUAUAAGGAUAUGUGUGAUAGUAUUAUUUGCUCUGGACUUUUGGAACCUUUGUUAAAUGGUGAAAGAAGUUUUUAUCCUAAUAGUUGUCACCAAAGUCCUUUUAUUGGUUGUAAUGGUACUGGUAUCAAUGGAUAUAUUAAAAGAGAUUCUGACUAUUCUUGUGAUAGAGAUCGCGGUUACCAUUCUCAACCUAAUUUUUCUACUGGAUCGCCACUUGUUGGAAAUCAAAAAGUAUCGAGAAAACGUUCACAUAGAAUGAUACAAUCUAAUUCUUGUGUAGAAUCUAACUCUCCUUAUGGUAAUGAUUCAACAUCAUAUCAACCUGAAGUUAAAAAAGAAUAUGAUGGGAAUAGGAGUUAUUCAUCUAAUACAAGUAAUGAUUCCAAUCGGCUAUUAAGUCAAAGUAUUCCAAAUUAUAUGAUUCAAUAUAAUUUUCCAUUUAAUGGAGAUGGAUCUCAGGGGCAAUUUAAUUUAUAUAGACAACAGUUUCCUCCAAUAUAUUCUGUUGCUUCUGGAGUAGAUUACUCAUAUAAUUUACCAAAAUACCAACCAAUUCCUGCUCAAAAUGGUGUCGAUUACUAUUCAACAACUUCUACAACAAGGUCUGAAAAUUAUCCACCUGUGGUUGAUAAUUGUUGUAAAAAAGAGGCAAAAGAUUUAGUUAAUAAUACUUCUAUAACAUCAGGAUCGUCCUCUUCAACAAUAUCCACUAGUGGCCAAGGAACAGCACACCAUGAUAUAUCAACCGGUUCAUGGAACCAAAAUCAAUCUUCGCCAUCGCCUUCAACUCCACAUCAUCAAUCAACCGAGUCAUUAGAAAAAACACCAACGAAAUCUGAACCUUAUAUUGAUGAAGUUUUGAAUGAAUUUUUUAUUCCAACUCAUUCAAUAUCUCUUUAA